UAUCCAAUCCAACCGCGCGCCACCGGCGCCGAGCCUCAGUCGGGCUAUAAAUACCUUGGCCGGGAGGACCAAGCUCCUCACUGCCAACCAGUCGUUUCGAGUCCACCUUCGGAAGUUCAGAUACCCUCCCUCACACCCCCACUCAGAGGCAACCUAGCUUGCUGAUACAAGGAAGCUCUCGACCAGCAAUGGCGGUUGCCGGUGCUCUCUUCUUCCUCUUCUCGUCCUCCCUCUGCCUCCUCGCCCGGCACGCCGCGGCCGGCGGGUACGGCGGGUGGCAGAGCGCCCACGCCACGUUCUACGGCGGCGGCGACGCUUCCGGCACAAUGGGCGGGGCGUGCGGGUACGGCAACCUGUACAGCCAGGGCUACGGCACCAACACGGCGGCGCUGAGCACGGCGCUCUUCAACGACGGCGCGGCCUGCGGCUCCUGCUACGAGCUGCGCUGCGACGGCGCCGGCAGCUCCUGCAACCCCGGCUCCAUCAUGGUCACCGCCACCAACUUCUGCCCGCCCAACUACGGCCUCCCCAGCGACGACGGCGGCUGGUGCAACCCGCCGAGGCCGCACUUCGACAUGGCCGAGCCGGCCUUCCUCCACAUCGCGCAGUACCGCGCCGGCAUCGUGCCCGUCGCAUACAGGAGGGUCCCGUGCGUGAAGAAGGGCGGCAUCCGCUUCACCGUCAACGGCCACUCCUACUUCAACCUGGUGCUGGUCACCAACGUCGCCGGCGCCGGCGACGUGCGCUCCGUAGCCAUCAAGGGCACGCGCACGGGGUGGCAGGCCAUGUCGCGCAACUGGGGCAUGAACUGGCAGAGCAACGCCGACCUCGACGGCCAGUGCCUCUCCUUCAGGGUCACCUCCAGCGACGGCCGCACCGUCACCAGCAACGCCGCCGCGCCCGCGGGGUGGCAGUUCGGACAGACAUUCGAGGGCGCACAGUUCUAGCUUCCUCCUCCAUCUCCGCAAGCAUUGGAGAUCAAGGAAGAAGAAGCGAAGCAAUGAUCCAUUCAACAAUUAAUUAUUCUGCAUUAAUUCUGCACUCGCUUCGUUAUACAGGUUCCCGGC